CGCCAAAGAUUGAAAUUUCAUUCAGUCCGCUGCGGUGGCGGGAGAGACAGCAGCGGCAGCUUUUUCAGAAAAUAGAAAUAUUGUUUUUCGUGUGAGUGUAAUAUAUGUUUACAUGAAAUUCACACGAGGCUGGAGCGAUUAGACGCGGUCGUGGAAGUUCGCGUAGCUGCUAGUUAAUAAUAAUAAUGAGUCUCGUCCUCUCCGAGCAGUGUUCAGCAGUGCAGGAGGAGGGUACAGUCUCUCACACUGCUGUCGAGGAGAGCGGUUCGGACAGCGGGAUGGGGUCCCCAAUCCACCCAGAGGGGGGCGCUGUGCUGCCUGAGAACACAGAGAGCGGAGGAGAUUCGGAGGACGAGAUUCUGGUGAACAGGAAGUCGCGCUGCAGGAAGGCCCUGAGAGACAGUGAGGGGGAGGAAGAGGCGGAGUCAGCUAACAUCCUCGUCCUUUCGGAGUCCAGCGAGGAGGAGGAGCAGAGGCUGAAGAGGAAGACAGGAGGCAGGAUCAGCAGGGCUGCUCUGGACAGUGAGGACAGCGAAACAGAGACAGGACAGGGGGAUGGACAGGACAGCCCGGCAGCUUUGACCCCCCAGAGAGAGAGUCCACUGAAGAGACAGAAGCAGCACUACAGACUGACAGAGGAGAGAGGGAAGGAGCGAUCCCGACGAAGGAAAGAGAAGGAUGAGAAGAGGCUGAAGAAGAAAGUAAACCAGCAGGAUGAAGAGGUGUCCUCUGCACCCCCCACCUUGAGUGACAGCGGAUGUCUCCUUGGCGACAGCGACCUGUUUGACACAGGACUGGGAGAGGAGGAAGAGGAGGAAGAGUCUCUGGAUGCGAUCAGAGCUGCUGUGAGACACAAAGUGAAAAAACACCAGGAGAGGCCGAUGACACCAGAGCUGGAAGAGGAGGAGGAGGAGGAGGAAGAGCGUGAGGGUGAUGAAGAGGAGGGGGGCGAAGGGAUAAAGAAGAGGAAGGAGCGGAAGGCGGCCCGCGCCAGCAAGGAGGCGAUGAAGCAGCUUCACAGCGAGAGCCAGAGACUCGUGAGGGAUUCCUCUCUGGGGCUCCCCUACCACCUGCCGCAGCCCAAAACCAUCCACGACUUCUUCAAGAAGCGCCCGCGACCAGCCUGCCAGGGGAGUGCCAUGGCACUGCUCAAGUCUUCAAAAUACCAGCCGUGUAUCUCUGAGGAGAGUCUGGACCCGGCACAGAACCAGAACCCGAGUGAGACCCAAGACCUGCCCACUGAUCCUGAGCAGGCUGUCCCCGUGGAAACGGAGCUGGAUUCUGAGGCGGCCUCCUCCGAGCUCCCCGCUGCCUCUGAGGCAGUGCCUGGACCGGGGGAGGUGGAGUUGGGAGGCUGCAGUGCGGCAGUAGAGACUGAGACUGCUCCCUCAAACCCGCAGCCCUCCGAGUCACCUCUCCGCCUCCCUCCCAGCAAACCCUGCAGGAGCAGCAGGCUGGAAAAGCUGAGGAAGCUGGGCCUCGACCCGCCUCCGCAGCCCAGGCUGUGUGCCGACGAGGGGGCCUUCGUCAACCUGGACCCCCCUGCCGUCAACACAGAGCUGGAGGCUCUGAAGCUGCGGUUCCUGAAGCACAGCCAGCCCCCAGCGAAGCCUCGCGGGUCGCACACGCUCCAGCUCAGCGUGGUGCGUAAGGAGGCCUGCGCCGAUGGGAAGCAGGAGCUCCGAGCCGACACCGUGUCCGUGACCCUGUCCGGAGAGCCGGCGGAGGAGCCAGGCUGCACCAAACCAGGGGAGAAGCUGGUCCUAUUGAAGUCCAAGCUGCAGCAGGCGAUGGCUCAGCGCAGGCAGGUGGAGAGGCAGAAACGAGCCGCCCUGUACAGGCUGGACAAUGAGGACUGCCUGGAGGAGGAGGAGGAAGAGGAGGAGAUGACAGACGAGUCUGAGGGAGAGGAAGAGGGUGUUGACUUCCUUCUGGGAGAGGGGGGUGAAGAGGAGAGAGGGGGGAGCUCCAAUCUGGGAGGUCCUGGCAGUGCCGACCCUCACCUCUCCGAGGGGACCCUCAUGCUCUUCAGCAGGUCCUGCUCACAGACCGGUGACCAGGGAGGGGAUGGAGUGAGGAGAGCCCUGCAGACCGGCCUCGAUGGAGACAGCAAGCUGGAGGAAGACGAUUCUUCUCUCCCGUCUCUGCCCAAAGAGAACAGCCACAACAGCAGCUUCGAGCUCCUGGGCUCCAUGAUCCCGUCCUACCAGCCCUUCAGCAAGCAGGGGGGGAGAGGGGUGGGAGCGGCCGGGUUUCGCUCCCCGUCUCCUGGAUUCUUCAAACCCAGCUUCCUGAGCUCCGCCUCCAAGAGCUCAGGGAAGCUGUCAGAGCCCUCUCUCCCAGUGGAGGACUCCCAGGACCUCUACACGGCCUCUCCUGAGCCCAAGGCCUGCCAGCUGGGAGCCGAGGAGUCUCGGUUCCGCUUCUCCCUGGAAGAGGAGACUCAGAGCCGGCUGCUGGAUGCAGACGGCUUCCUCAACGUGGGGUCCCGGGGCUCCAGCCAGUACCAGCCCUCCAAGAGGCAGCUGAUCCUGGGCAGUCUGGACGAGAACGCCAUGGAUGGGAACAUGGGGGAGCUCGUGGGGCUCUGCUCCGGGACGUUCCAGACUCAGAACCUCAAGGAUUCUGACGGUACCACCCAGGACAGUAACAUGGGGGAGCUCGUGGGGCUCUGCUCCGGGACGUUCCAGACUCAGAACUUCAAGGAUUCUGACUGUACCACCCAGGACAGUAACAUGGUGGGGCUUGUGGGGCUCUGCUCCGGGGCGUUCCAGCCCCCGGAGAGCUGCGGUGGGGAGGACAGCACUGAGACGAACAUGGAGGAGCUGCUGGGAUUGUGUUCGGGGAAAUUUGCUGCGGCAGAGGGAUCCUCCCCCGCCUCCCUCAAACUGAACCCCUCACAGGGAGCACAGCAGACGGGCUGGAGCGGAGUGAAGGGAGCCGCAGCCCUGAGCACACGGAGGGAUGAAGAGCUGCAGGAGGAAGAGGAGGAAUGUGAGUUCCAGCUGAUGACUGACGUGGGGAGCUUCUCCAGUGAAGAGGAGGAUGGUGCGAGUGAGGGAGAGGGAGGUGAAGAUGGAGAGGAGGACUGCAGCGAGGAUGAGGAGGAGGCGAUGGCCCGAGCCCGACCGCCUGGGUUCAAGAGGAAGAUGCGGAUGGCUGACUUCCUGGAGGAGGAGGCGGAGCUGUCUGGCAGCGAGCUGGGCAGCGAGGAUGAGGAGGGGGGAGCCGAGUGGAACGAGUAUGAGGAAGACGAGAUUCAGGAGGAGCUGCCGUCGGACGAGGAGCUGCAGGACCAGGUCAACAAAAUCCACAUGAAGCAGCUGCUGGACGAUGACAAGCGGGCGCUGCGUCUCUACCAGGAGUGCUACCUGGCUGACGGGGACCUGCACUCCGAGGGGCCAGGGAGGGCCCGCCAGUUCAGAUGGAAGAACAUCGACGAGGCCUCUCAGAUGGAUCUGUUCCACGGAGACUCGGAGGAGGAGGAGGGAGAGGAGCAGCUGGACGAGGCGGAGGUGCAGUGGAGGAGGCAGAGGCACGAGAGGGAGCAGUGGCUGAGAGAGCAGCAGUCCCAGAGCACAGGAGGCGAGGCAGCGACCGUGGAGGAGGAGCAGGAGGAGAUUGGAGAGGACAGUCAGUUCAUGAAACUGGCCAAGAAAUUUGCCGCCCGGGCCCUACAGAAGAAAGAAUCCCCAGUGGUGCCGGUGAAGGAGAGGAAGAUUCUGACCCGAAACCCGUUUGAGAAGCCCGCUCCGUUAGCUCAGGUGAAGACUGGCUCUCUGCUGAGCCGCUCAAAGGAGCUGAUGCAGACGUUGUCGUCUCUCUCUGAGCUGAACCCCAGCGGGCCGCGCAGCGCUCGGAACUUCGUGUUCCACACAGUGUCCCCCGAGAAGGGCUCCGAGCCCCCCAGCCCGUCCCAGACACAGGCAAUGAAGAGACGCCCGGCCGCCGUCAUCGCCCCCGCAGCAAAGCGUCCCAGGAAAGAGGCAGAGGGGCCCCAGAGGAGCAUCUUCCGCUUCCUGGAGAGCUGAGGGGCCCCGGGGUCAAGCUGCCGUGGGCAGGACCUCUUCAGUUGGGUCUCUCCAGGAUUCAAGUCCCCCACAGUAAACCUGUAAUACCUCUGUUUCUCAUUGACCCUCCACUAUCCCAGCAUCCCCAGCAGGACGCUCGAGCCCUCUUGAGGAUCUCUGUGGCAGAUCCUGAACUGAUCCUGCUCAGUCUUCAUGCAUACUUUUUAUAAUGUAUGUCUCUGUGUCUGUCUUCAUGAAUUGUGUUUCUUAAAUGUACAUAAACCACGUUGAAAGUUUGAAACUCUAUACAGCAAGAUUUUUCUUUGUAAAUUGUAAUAACUGUUUUGUAUUGACAGAUUGCCGGUUGUGUUCAAUGCAGUGUUGUUGUUGUUGUUGUUGUAGUAAUUCUUAUUAAAGAGAUUCUUAUUGGU